ACUUCAUAAAUUUUCUCUAUGCUGCAUUUCACUGAAUGUUGUGCCUUUUCUAGCCUGUAUGAAUGGGGAUGAAGUUAUACUGGCUAAUGUCUUUCUAUCUUUGUCAUAUUGAUUCCACAGGACAAGCAUAACCUAAUGGAAGUUGUUCAAAUGUGUCACUGACUAAAGGCACUCCAACUUUCUAUGCAACGUGAUGUGAACUCGUCCUCCACUUAUCUAGAAAAUAUUCUCACAUAUUUGCUCCUUGCACUUUCACAUCAUCCUUCAUGUCCUAAUGUUGAUGAAUGCAAGGAGGUUCAAGCAUUUGAAUCAAUUUACUGAUGUGAAGGUGGGCAAUCAGGAGUUUCCCAAAAAGGGAAAAGGAAAGUCUUUCUACAAUACUAUCUUCCAAAAUAUAAUGGGAAAGGAUUUAUGAAGGUGUUGUGCAAUCUUAUAACCCAGGAAAGAAGAAACACGUGGUAAAGUAUGAGACUUGUGUACUUCUCUUAAUUAUCCCUGUCCAAAUUGUCCCCUUCCUUGAAGACUUGCUGAAUGAUAUUUGCUUCAAAGAUACUAUAUGACGAUGGAGAUGUGGAAGUUCUCCAGUUAGAUAAGGAGAAGUGGGAUGUUAUUAGUGAAGGUUCCGAGCCUAGCAAGCGACUUAAAUCAUCGAAUGUUUCCCCAUCCAAAGGAAUGUCAGCCAAGGAGGAAAAAAGUAGGACACAUGGUGCCUCAAGACGAAAUAAGAAUCCUUAUAAGAAAUUCAGGAGGAAAACGACUAUUAAGAAAAAUGUAAAGAAUAGCCAUAGUGGAAUGUCAGAAAGCAACAUUGGUGCUAAUGCCAACAAUUACGCCGAAGGAAGAGCUACCCCUGAAUUAUCAGAUUCUCACCCCGACACUUGUCCUGAAGUCAAUGAAGUUAAUUCAGAUGAUUUUGCAAAUGAACAAGCAUCUCCUUUAGCAGCCGCAAAGGAGGAGGAACGAGAGGCCUCAUCAGACCUAGAAGAAUCAGACAGGAGAAAAUGGAUUCUUCUGACAGAGGAGCUGCAGGAGAUUUGGAUGAUGAACCUCUUAGUAUGUGGAAGGUACCAGGAGCAAAAGUAGCCUAGAGCUUGGAGACUGGCCUUCUCUUUGAAAACUCAAAUGUUGGAUUUGGCUUUGUUGCCAUUGUCCCAACCAUGGUCUGUCGAUCUGAGUUGCUGAAGGAAGACAGACGUUUUCGUACCUACAAUAGAUGUUGCUAAUAAACUAUAGUAACACAAAUGCGGCGAUAAGGGCCAUGUAUAUGUAAUUUCCAUGGUUAUUGUAUGUAGCAUGUGUUUGUAGCCGUCUUGUGUAGAGAAGUUUAACCACUCAUCUUGGAUAGGUCAUAGCCAAAAAAUUACACAUCCAACAAUCCUAACCAUCUGAUUUGUUCCUUCAAAUGGACUGUUGAAAGGAAUCAUCUUGUGUGCGA